GGCUCCCUGGGUGCACACCCUAAUGAAAUGGGCUGCGCACGCCUAUGGUGGCUAGUCACUGGUCCGCGAAGCACUUCCAGGGCCAUGAAGCAUCCUCGCGUUGCCCUUCAAGCACACUCACAGAGGUGGCAGCCUCACUGGCCACACAUCCAUCAAAGUGCAGCCCAAUUACCACAUGAGCUGUGAAAUCUAGAACAAGAGGUGCUGUAGUGCUAGCAGGGAGCAUUUCUCUCUGCCACCUCCCCUUUUCCAAAGGGAGACUUCUGGGCAUUUCUGGCAUAGGUCAUGUUAAUAAAGCUGCACUCACAGCACUGAUUGGGUUGCUGGUGUAUAGUGUUCUCCUGUGCCGCAGCUUUGAGGUGCACACCUAGAGCAUGCAGUGCUAUGCAGAGCUCUGAUAAUGGGGAUAUGGAGACUUCUGCCUCCAUAAAGGUUCUGGCAAGAUGGAUGCAAAGGAUUUGAAUUCUGGUCCUAUCUCUGUACUUAUUACUGAGUCACAGUUUGCCCAGCCGUUCAGGGAGUAUUUGGAGAGAGAGAGGGUUCUGGAUGUCUGCCAUCGUGUGCAAAAGCUGCUGGAUGGCACAGUGGCAUUGCCUGUGCUGGGAGAGAAACUCACUGAGCAGCACUUGCAGGAGCUGCGGGAGAGCCUGCCCCCUGAGAAGACAUGCACACUGACGUGGGUUCAGAACCCCAUUCCCUCGAAGGCAGCACGAGUCCAGUCCCCCGCCCGGAAGCUGUGCAGGGAGCUGCAGCAUUUAGUGUCAGCCUCUGGGGGCAGGUGGUCAGAUGAGCUGGAGGACGAUCUUCCUCGUUCCUGGCAGCGGCACGGAGACCUCAUCCUGCUGAGCGAGAGCAGCUUCAGGGCUGCGUUGUGGAAGGAGCUGGGACCAGAGCUCUGGGAAACAGUUGCUUCUGCUCUGGGCGCCCGACGCAUAGCCAAACGAGGGCGAAUAUCACCGGAUGGAGUACGAUCCCCGACAGUGACCCUGUUGCUGGGGCAGGAUGGCUGGGUGGAGCAUGUGGACAAUGGAAUCAGAUAUACGUUUGAUGUGACCAGGUGCAUGUUCUCGCCUGGAAACAUCACAGAGAAGCUGCGGGUGGCGUCGCUGCCAUGUGCUGGGGAAGUGCUAGUGGAUCUCUAUGCAGGGAUUGGCUAUUUCACGAUACCGUACCUGAUUCAUGCCGGUGCUGCCUUUGUCCAUGCCUGUGAGUGGAACCCCCAUGCUGUAGAGGCCCUGAGAAAGAACCUGGAGCUGAACGGCGUGCAGGAUCGGUGUCAGAUCCACCAAGGUGAUAACAGGCAGCUGGAGCUGCGGGACGUGGCCAACAGGGUGAAUCUGGGGCUGCUCCCCAGCUCAGAGGAGGGCUGGCCUAUCGCCUGCCAGCUUUUGCGGAAGGGCACAGGGGGCAUUCUCCACAUCCACCAGAACGUGGAGUCCUUCCCAGCAAAGGCUCAUUUGCAUAGUGGCCACUUGGAGGAGCAGCAGCUGCAGCAAUGUCCAGAACAAGCUGUGUCCAAGAGGCAGGAGGACAAAACGGGACAAAGGAACUGCAGGAGCCCAAAGGAUGCUGACAUCAUAGAUUCCGGGAGGGAGACCAGGGCCGAGUGGCAGAGGUGGGCAGAGACCACGGGAAUGCGGAUCAGGGUUCUGCUUCAGCAGCUACAUGGGAAGCCUUGGAGGACAAACAUUCUGCACAUUGAGCCAGUGAAAUCGUACGCACCCCAUGUGUAUCACAUAGUCCUGGAUCUGGAGUGCCGCCCCCUCUCUUAGUACACCCUUGGGAUCCCCAGGAAUGUCGCCUUCUCUGCUAGCAAAUGCGCAGGGGGAGCUCAGGGCCCAAUCCUGAGAAGUUCACAAAGCCUACACAGAGUUGAGUGCUCCCAGCUGGCACCCUGUGAACUGGUUCAGUCUGACACUGGUCUUGCCUUCUGCUCUCCUGGGGCUCCUCUUCUCUCCAGACUGGCAUGCAACAGCUUGACCUGACCAUCAUGGUGCUCCCUGCAGCUGCUUUCUGCGAUCUUCACUCUAUUUCCAUUUCCUGUAACCAGGUAAAACAUUUGUUGUUAGUUUUAUCUGCAUGGAUCGUUUUUCCCAGCGGGAUGGCAGAGUUCUUCAGCACUCAGCUCCAAACUCUGUUUUCACCACUAAUGCCAGCAAGAGACCUGGGCAUGUGAACUUAGCAGAAUGUCUGAGUUCAGAUUCACCAGUUGAGCCAGAGAGCAUCUCAGUCCUGACAAAGGCUGCCACUGGUGCCAGGCUGUGGGCAGAUUGUGUCUCUGUGACCACUAGGACCUAGGCUGAGACUCACCAGACUUACUGCCCUUGUGAUCUAAUCAGAAAACGCUGAGCGCUUUGCUCAUGGUAUUCAUUUGUUGUGGGCAUGUGAAGAGCUCCAGGACAUAGUGCAGUCCCUGUGAGCUGACCGUGCUCCCUCUGCUGCUGUCCUGGUCUAUUCCUAAUUACCGCACUGAUUUUGCAGAGAACCCCUGUACAGGCAGAUCCCCACUGAUGUACGUGGGGCUCAGUGUGGAGCGAGUUGCAGGAUUGGGCCCUAUGUACUUUAUCACAACAGAUACGAACUUUCAUGUUUCUUAGCAUCUAAGGAGGCUUGUUCAUCCUCUUGUUCCAAGCCUGGAUCUGAAGUUACUAUGAUGUUUGCCCACAAGUUUCAGGAAGCCCGGGCAAGCGGUUUCUCUGCUGCUACUUGGGAUUUUUGGCCUGUCUGUUUAAAAUAGUGAGAAAUGAAUGAAUGUAGUGCUACUGAAAGGUACCAAACUGAGAUCCCCGGAGACCAAAGCCUCUCCCCACAGAACGGAUGCAGAGUCAGUGCAAGAUUUCCCCACCCAGCAAUUCUGCCUCACUCCUGCCCUGGAUGGAACAUAGGAACUGCCAAACUGGGUCACGCCAGUGGUGCAUCUCCAACAGUGGCCAGUACAAGCUGCUUUGGAGGAUGGUGCAAGAAACCCUGCAGAAAGCAGUUAUAAAAUAUCCUGCCCACAAUAAUAAUUUCUUCCUAAUCUCUGUUUGUAAGAGGCUGGUUUGUGCCCUGAAGCAGGAGGGCUUAAAUCCCUUCCAAACCUCUGCAUUAUUUGUAACCCUCACCAUUCUAACUUGUGAUACCAGUCCUUGCUGAGGUCAGUGAGAUAUUGUGGCAGUGAGUUCCACAGGUGAAUUGUGUACUGUGUGGAAAAAGUAUUUCCUUUUAUCGAUUUUUAAUUCACCACCUUUUUCAUUUUGUGUCCCCUUGUUCUUCUAUACCAAGAGAGGGUGGAGAAAAGCUCCUGACCUGCCUUCUCGAUACCAUUCAUUGCCACCUCCUCUCUAGUGAUUAAUGCUAAGAGGAUAGCUGCCCAUUUAAUCCUGGGGCUUGAUUUAGAAACUCCCAAAUAAGAAGCCAUUUGGGAUGUUGGGCUUUUCAAAGGGGCCACCUGUUCUCUAGGAACUGAACUGGAACCACCACAUUGAUUUCACAUAACCUACUGCUCAGCAGCCAUGCAAUGGCAAUGACUUCCAGUUGCUACUGACCUAGGCUGCAGUCAGGCCUAUGACAAGAGGUGAAAGGCUCUGGAUUAGGGCUGUCGAUUAAUCGCCGUUAACUCACACGAUUAACUCAAAAAAAUUAAUCGCAAUUAAUCACAGGUUUUAUCGCACUGUUAAACAAUA